UUUUCUACUUGCAGACCUCAUCCGAGGCAGUAGCCUAGAGAAUCUGCAGUGCUUAGCAUCUCGUCUUCCAGUUGAUUGUGCUUCUCUAGCUCGAAUCACGUUCCCUAAUUUAUUUUUAGUCGAAAUUGCCGGCCACUGGAUCUGUUAAGUCCCCUGGCCUUGGACUUACCUCGCUCAACUUGUCGCGGCGAGCAUUCAUUUCUGUGACAUCAUCCUACCAUGCUCUCUACUUCGUCCAAACCUUAUACCCAGAAACCAAUAUGUCUCUACGGCCAGGGAAUCCACUCCGCGGCAAUCUCAUGCAUCGAUUUUCUAGACGAAGAUCGACGCAUCAUCAUCUGCUCCGAAGAUGGUUCCAUCCAAGUUCUGAAGGUGGACACCGGUCAAGUAGUGGGUGGCCCCUGGACAGAUGCAGGAAGUGGGGCUGUCCACGCCAUGGCAGUGUCGCCAAAUCACAUGGAAAUCGUGACUGGCAGCCAGGAUGGCAGGAUACGCCUUUGGACGUUGGCCACCGGGAAAAUGGCCGGAAAAUGGAAGCAAGCUCACAGCCUCGCAAUAUUGUCUGUUUGCUGGAGUCCGGAUGAGUUGCACAUCGCCAGUGGGUCUGAAGACGGAACGGCGAUCAUUUGGGAUACCAAGCAAGGCGAUAUCGUGGGAUAUCCGAUCAGAACUGGCCACCCACAUGUAUACGCAGUGCGUUAUUCAUCUGAUGGUACAACGCUCGUAACGAGUGGAUACAACAAUACAAUCACUUUUUGGGACGUCAAGACAAGAGAGGUGCUCCGCUUUGUAGAAGCAUGCCAUGCAUCGCAGCAAAUCCACUGCGUCACAUGGACUUCAUAUGAUAGAAUUUUCCUGGGAUGUAGUAAUGGAAUCGCACAGACAAGAGCUGAUAUCCAAGGGAAAGUCGUCCGUCUAGGCGAACGUACUCGUCCUAUCUGUGCCAUGGUCUUGUCUCAAGACGAGCUUUUAUUGGUGACCGCUUCUCUUGAUAACACCAUCUCUUUAUGGGAUCCGAAAACCAACCAGUCAGUUGGUCGGCCUUUGGACCAUCCCAAUGGCUUGAGGUGCGCGGCUUUCGCAAGAAACAGCAGACUGCUCGCUACUGGUGGUGUCGACAAGAGCGUGUACAUCUGGGAUCUUCAGGCGUUGGUUAGAGAUGUUAAUGUUACGGACAGCGAGUCAGGACCGUCACUGGGAACGUCUACAGCUGGUCACUCACUGAUCGAUAUUGACGCAAGUAUUUGUCCCGCCAGUAACAACGCACGAAAGGAUUUACGGCACGAUGAUACUAUCGUGCCUGAUCACACGCCUCGACUACCGGCACCUUUUGAUGUGGCUACAAACAUUCGUAGCGCAUCGCCUCCCAAUCCAAGACCAUGGGAUGAGCGUGGCGUAGCGCAGUCAAAUUCCUCAACCAGAACUGUUGAUCAAGUCGCUAGCUUACCACUAGGCAUUCAGUCGUCCAAGACCAUUUUCACGCACACGUGCUGUUGGAGCGGGGCACGGUACGCGAGAAAACUCUUCGCAUGGCCGUCAAAGUCGUCCACCUGGCCAGCAGGAAAGUGCAGUGCACAAGCCUGUCAGGGUAAAAGACAAUGUUUGGUCUCGUUUUUGGUUGUGUGUUGGUUGUUUGUCUCCCGCCGGUGUGGACGAUUAGAUAUGUUCGCUUUGAUUUAUCCUAUCUCAUUCUAUAUCCCCACGUACUACUAGAUACUAUUUUGUUCUUAUUUCUACUUAUGUCUUCCGACGGGUUCGGGGUUCAGGGCGCGGGGUAGUACAAUCAAUUACGAUACGUUAGUAACUUGGUUUUGUGUAUGGGACAUAUUGUAUCUGAAUUGCUUAUUUUCGGUGGAUACAGCGCUCUAGACCAAUCCAUUCACCACUGUUUGACUGCAUCGGA